UUAGGAGUUUGCUAGAAAGAGAUAAAUUUAACCCACAACUAUGAGGAAGCCAGCUGAUCAUUUUUCAGGGAAGAACACCGCCGCCACCACCACCACCACCACCACCACGAACAACAACAACAACAAUGGUGGUAGUAGCAACAAGCUUAGGAAGGGUUUGUGGUCACCAGAAGAAGAUGACAAGCUUAUGACAUACAUGAUGACCAAUGGGCAAGGCUGUUGGAGUGAUGUGGCAAGAAAUGCUGGCUUGCAGAGGUGUGGCAAGAGUUGUAGGCUCCGAUGGAUUAACUACUUGAGGCCUGACCUCAAGCGUGGGGCUUUUUCGCCCCAGGAAGAAGAGCUCAUCGUCCAUCUGCAUUCCCUUCUUGGCAAUAGGUGGUCUCAAAUUGCGGCACGAUUGCCUGGACGAACCGACAAUGAAAUAAAGAAUUUUUGGAAUUCGACGAUAAAGAAGAGGCUUAAGAAUCCGUCAUCAACAUCCUCACCAAAUGCAAGCGAUUCGUCGUAUGAGCCUAGAGAUAUCACAGGAGGGCUCAUGUCCAUGGGGGAGCAAAACAUCAUGGCCAUGUAUUUGGACUCAUCAUCAUCAUCCAUGCAAGCUAUGGCCAUGAACCGGUACAUGAUCGAACCAAUGCCCAUGUUCAAGCACGACGCAGGCAUGUCCGGUGCUAGCGGAUACUUUAAUGCUCGUCCGUCAUGCAUGACACAAGUUGGAAUGAUUGGUAAUGGGAAUAUUUUUGGGGAUGAUCAAGGGAUGGUUGGGGUUGACAAUAUUGGGGUAGGAGAGCUGUUUGUUCCCCCUUUAGAGAGUAUAGGUAUAGAAGAAAAUGUCAAAAUUGAGAAUUUUAUGGAUAGGGACACUAAUAACAACCUUGUUAACUAUAACAUGAAUAGUGUCAACCAUUGCAACAACAAUAACAAAGUAGAAAACAUGGGUGGGUUUGGAAAAAAUUGGGAGGGAGAUGAGCUAAGAGUUGAUGAGUGGGACUUGGAGGCAUUAAUGAAAGAUGUUCCCUCCUUUCCUUUUCUUGAUUACCAUGUUGACUAAAAUGCUUUCCUUCCUAUAUUUCCUUUGUCCUUUCCCUCCCUCCUUUUGCAUUUUAAAGUAUUUCCUCUCGUCAAAACCAUUGACAAUAUUUUUAAUAUUACGUACCAAAGUACCCUUGAAAGCUUCUGUCAUCCUCAGUUUAAGGCCUGGUCAGUGGAGACUUGAACUACUGUAUUGUAAUUUGGCCUUGAAAACAACUUCAGUGUUCAGAUGAUGUAGAAGGGUUAGGAAUAAGUGACAGUGGAAAGUAGUUAUAUAUACUUGUGGCUAUAUAUGAAAUUUCUGUGUAACUAUGAGGGUAAUCUGGUCAUUCCAAUGCAUACUGGGUGGCUGAAAUAAUCAUCAUACUUGUGAAGAAAUAUGUGAAUAGUCAUGUAAAAGUAGAUAGGGAUAUAUAUAAAUAUGUAUGUAUCAAGAUUAGUUGGUAAAUUGUAGUUAUAAUGAGAUGUACAAAUUAAACAAUGUUGAGGUUGAAGCUGUUAUUAGUGGGAGAAAAGCAUUUUCUA